AUGAGCUCCAUGGUCCCCGCAGCUGUGGCUAUUCGAGCUACCAGCUCGACUAGAGCUGGACUUUGGCUGUGCUCGCGACCCCGCUGUGGGUCGAGUAAAUCACAGUCAGCAAGGCCAUAUACGUCGACAGAUGGCUCGAUCAUUGCAGCUUUUUCGACAAGCGCGCGAAGGAAAGAAGCUGAUCGUCUGUCAGCCGCGAAGCCGAACGGCGUCCAUGCCAAGAGCCGAAAGCAGACAGGAGCACGAAAGGUUCCGCAGCAGACAGCGCUGCUACGUCUCGAUCCAAGACACCCGCUCUUACCAUCCUUGACGCCUGCAGCAUCUUCGAGUGAAAGCAGCGAGAGCCAAACCCUCAGGCAACGUAAAGCCAAGAGCUUGGGCCAGCUACAUGCGGCUCUUCAGACCGGCUCGACGGAAGCAGUGUGGAAUGCAUACCUUGACCACCGGAAAUACAGCACGGUCGACGAGACGCCGUUUUCGAUCUAUCAUCCAUCGUCAGACAGCGCUCUGAGCGCUGCAGAAUGCGAAUCGGUACUCAGACUCAUCAGCAAUGAUGCGACCAAAACAAAACGAGGUGCCAAUCGCAUUCUUCGACUCAUGGCUGAUAUCCGAGGUCAGCAACGUCGUCUGCUAUUCCAGCUUCAACUCGCUAACGAUGCAAACGACUCUGUCCGCAGUCGACUCUUGCGCAGAGAGCUCGAUGCAUGGGACAGUGUUGUGUCACCAAAGGUGCUCAAUGCCACCAUCGCGCACAUCGGUCGUAGCCUUCGGAGCGUGGGCUUGGAAGAAAUCGAUUUGAUGCUGGAUCAGCUACUGUCCUACGAAGCCAACGAGCACUCGCGUCGAAGUGCUGCUUCCCACAGCAAGACUACCCAAAAUCACAUGACUUUGCCCGGUCCGACAGGUGCGCUUUAUAAUCUUCGUUCGGCGAUGCUAUCUCCAGUUGCUCGCUCCAGACUUAGCCAAAGACGCGGAAAGCAACGCCAGGCAGACUUUCCGGACCUGUCUACGUACAACACGAUCCUCAACGUGAUCACGAAUACGAUACAUCGGAGCAAGACCAAGCGACGAUUGGCCUCGGAGCAAGCAGAAACUUUCGAAGAGGAACAGGAUGACGACCAAGGGGCGAAGUUUGCAGAGAUGCAACACGAUUCACGCACUGCUGAGCUCGAUACAUCGAUCGCGAACAAACUGCGUCGCCUCGACCUUGACUCGGAUGCGAUGUCUUUGCAUGCCGACGAGUACGAGCGUGCGGAUCGGCUCUUCCACUCAGUGCUGGAACGGAUGCAGCGCAGGAAUCGGAUCGAGCCGGAUGCAGUGACGUUCAACAUCAUGAUCACCAUGUAUUGUCUACUGGACCGCUGGGAUAUGGUGCAUCGUGUAGUACGCUCUGCAAAUAAGCAAAUGCUUCUCAACAUCGACUGCAUCAACAAUGCGAUGUGGCAUUGGCUGGUGCGUGGUCCUGCUUCGACAAGUCGGCACGACAGGAGCUUCACACACGCCGAUGCGAUCGAGAGCGCCUUCGAGGUUUACCGUCAACUGCGACAAAAUUCGGUUCAGGCUGAACUAGCGUCUCAAAAUUCGUCCAUCCUUUACGGCCAACGCGACAUGGUAUCCGAGGCUACAAGCUGCGCAGACCGAAACGAGCACCUCUCGCAAGACGAGCUUGGACCACUUGCUUGGCCUGAUCGAGACGGCCCGAAACUCACUCGGACCCAUUCCAACUGGUCCAACUCGUCGCGGAGCUUACAGAACGACGCUGUUCAGGCGGUGCUUGGCAUUCCAAGUCUCCCGCUGCAGCUCGUGCCCGACGAGAUCACACACGCCUUGAUGAUUAGCAGUCUGACCCGAGAGGGACGCUUCGCGGAUGCAUUGAGUGUAUUCAAGGACCUAGUUUCGACGCGCACACGUCAAGCUGGCAAAAGUGCCGGCGAUACUAGAGCAAGCAAUGUGGAAGCGGAAGCGGAAGAAAGCAAGAUGCAACCUACGCUGGCCAUCUUUGACAGUUUCUUCAAGGGCUUCUCGCGACAUGGAAGACCAAGCAAAGCGGUGAGGUUCGAUGCUCAGCAUGCAGAAUGUAGCGAGUGGGAACUGGUACCAAAUGCAGCAUCACAGGUGACCGAGGUUGACAUCGUGCGAGAAGCGCCGCAUGCUAGCCAAGAUUCGGCUCAGAGCCAUCAGCUGCAGCUGUGGAGGAUCGAGACGUUUCAAGAGAUUUUCAGCGCUUUCCUCGACCAUACGCCCGAUCUGAGUCAAGCACUUGGACCAAGCAGCAGGGUUGCAAGGGUAGACCGAAGCAGCCGAAGCGUGAAUCGAAACAUCUCGACGCCUUUCGGUUGGCUGACGUUGGCGGAAAAGCGUAAGAUGGAUGCGAUUCGACGCGCACCUUCUCCGAAUCAGCUGUUUUGGAUUCUCACUGCCAUCCGCAGAGUCAGCGGAGAUCAUGCCGCAUGGAGUCUGGCCAUGUGGCAGAAGGUUGUGGACAAGUUCGACCCUACUGUUACCGGAUCAUCAGGCAAGGUGAAUUGGACAGGAUUCCGGUUGGACAACCGGUUACGCCGCGUCGUUGAGCAUCUGGAAGCUCAACUGGCGCAAGACCAUCUUGCUACGGGUCAAGCACGGACAGAAGUACAAGCUCUGACUUGA